AUGAUGUCAGAACACGAGGUUGUUUGCAUCUGGUGCGUGAUUGGUCAAGGUGAACACGGGAUCUGCCAUACUAUAUCGGACUGUGACGUCACCCGAUCUGAUCUGAAAUCGAUCUCGAUCUCUAGAUCGAAUGACGUUGGAUUCCUUUUAAUAACCCAUUUUCCUAUUAUCCUCAGUAAUGAAGAACCUGUUUCUCUGCUGCUAUCGAUCAAUCCCGCACCUAUUUCCUCCCAGCCAAUUGUGAGCCCAGCUCGUACGCAACUUAUCAACUAUGCCACCGAAGAGAAAGGCGACCGAACCGGCAGCUGGACAGCCCAGUGUUCGCACGCCAGUAAAAAGGGCUGUCCCGACUUGCACCAACAGCACCUAAAUGCGGAGCAAACCGAGGAUUUCGGCAUAGUCCUACACCAAUUCUAUCCGCCGGAGAUGAGCAACGACCGUUGCCAAGCAUAUACCGAUGGCGAGCUGGAACGCCCAAUUGAAACACUACAGAAAGCUUUCAGGGAGACUGCCCACAAGCGACAGUCGAUCAACGUAGGCAGUGCUGUGGUACAUUGGUUCAAGGGCGAUCUCUGGCUUCAUGACGGUAGGGCGCUGUACGCGGCCUACCAAUUUGCGAAAGAGCACCAGGUCCCGUUAAUUGGUCUUUACAUCGUCUCUCCCGAAGACUAG